AUGGCUGACGAAAUCGCUCUUGGUCCGCAGGCUAACUUCAAUAUCAUUGCUACUGAGAUACUGAAGAUACCAAAUACACCUGCACUCGCCGGCGGCCAGCAACUUCUCGCCGAGCUCCGUGCAAUAAGGGAGCAGUCAACGAGAGACACGAUGGCAAUCCGACAAGACAUUGCAAAUAUCCGCCAGGAAAUUGUCGAUGUUCGUCAAGAGCUUGUGACUAUAAUUACUGCGUCGAAUCACAAUAAUGCAGCCCGGGUUCAGAAUACAUACCUUCGAAGUCAAAACGAAAAUCUUGUAUCGUUUCUCAACGCUACUACCGGUGCCGCUAUCCUUGAUUUCCCUCGCACCUCAUCCGAACUCGAACGAAUGGCAAGAAGACAAUUAGAUUCUGUACUACAACAACUGGGUAUUCCUACGCAGGGUGCAAAUUUGGCGGAUAAGAAGCGGUUGCUCAGAGCUCACAUCGGGUUACCAGAGGUCGCAGGCUCACCACCUCCAUAA